UAGUCGUUCUGCUUUGCUCAGAAUGAUUUUCUAUUUGAAGUGAACCUUAUCUUAUGCUACUUCAACACCAACACCUAAAAAAAAAACGGUUACGGUUAGCUAAAACGAUUUCCUCAACAACCCGGAAUGCAAUUCCCCGAGCCAGUGUCAUACGGGUAUCAGAGAGAUUGCGGCUCCCGUCUAGCAACGUCGUGCCUUUCAACUUCCUUUAACUCAUUUUCUCCGCAAGAGGUCGACACAUCCGCUGCUCAUCGUUCUACGCCUAACGCGCUCAGAAUCGGUUUCAGCAGCACCUACCGAUCGUUUAGAGACUCACCGUCGAAGGCGACGCAUACGUACACGUUUAGUCCCAUGAAAGCGGAGCACGGGCGGACGUCUUCCACUUCCACCGAAGGGGCUUCUUCUCCCUUCGACAUCGCUGAAGAAAAUGAGCGACAUUACGCCUUACAACCACAUGCUCGACAUGAACAAUACUACCGAACAUUCCAUGGAUUCAAACUCCCUUUGGAUCCAUCACCCAGUUACACUGAAGCAUCCCUACAGCUAACACCUUCAAUUAUGAAACCUACACACAAUAUCCCUGGCUUAGAUAUGGCAGACAAUGCGCUAUCAUGGUUGUGCGGCAACGACAGCCCCAUGCCUUUCUUACAGUCUCCACAAGCUCUUGAGCCCUUGGGCCUUUAUCAAUAUUCCCAGACUCUAAUGGGACGAUACUACCCCCAUAGGUCACUCGUGGCCCCCGGCGAAUAUUCAACAGAGAGGCAGAUGAUGGUUAACGAAAUCCGAUACAAGGCAACAGGGCUUCAUAAGGAAAUCCGGGCUUCAAGGAAGGUGUCUGAGAAAAAUGAUAACUCAUACAACCUAGUGCAGGAGGCUAGGUGCAAGUGCGAUUAUCCCAACUGCGAUAAAGCCUUCAAGAGAGGUGAGCAUCUCAAGCGCCAUAAGCAAACUUUUCAUGGAGAGGGUCCUAAUCGAUUUUCUUGCGAGUUCUGCGGAAAGAGCCAGUUCAAUCGUCAAGACAGUCUCAACACUCACCGCAAGCUGCAUGCGCAACCAAAAAGCGGCAAACGAGGGGUAGAGUCUAUCCCUGCUGCAAUUCGUGUUAUUGAGCAAGAAGACCGAAGCCGUAAGCGGCGGCUCCCCCCCAAAUCGAAGUUUGCCGCAGUUAGUGUCACUGGCAGAGAAGCAAAGAUGCAACUAAUGAUGGCAACGUGUCACGGCCCAACACAUAUAGGUCGCCACAAUGGGCCUACGGGAUAGGGCGACCCGGAAUAACUAUUCACUGAGCCACCAAUCAAAUCUUACUUGACGAAUCGACCGUCGAGGCCAUCGAGGACAUCCAAUCAACUGGACGUAAAAGCUUACUUCUCUACGCUCAUUUAGAUAGCUUAAAUAGGCAGUUGUUAACAUGGCAAUUAGAUUGAUUACCUCUCUACUAGCUGC